AUGGUUACAAGUCUCCCUGUGUUCAUGAGCGUUGGACAUUUUUAUUCAAACGCCUCGUUAUCAAUAGUCUUAGCCUUUGUCCACAUUCCAGAAGCCAAAACCAACGAUACAAUCUCGCUGACAGCCUUUGGUUUGGUCUCUAUUUUCGUUUCUCUUUGUAAUCAUGUUUGUGUUGAUUUACAUGUUAGUUUCUGUGGCUUGUUUUGUCCUAACUCUUUGGUUAUGGUUUAAGCUGGUUUGCUUAUUUUGUUUCAUUUAUGUUUAAAGACCCUUUGUUUACUGGAAUCUCUAGCUAAUUGAUUUUUAUCUGUUUCCUAUUGAAAUGUGGUUUUAUCUGCAUAGAGAUAUUGACAUGUAAGUUUUAUUAGAAUCAGAUGAUCUUUAUGGAUGGAUUUCUAUGAUAAAGUAAUGCUCCAGUGAUUAACUUAAGAUAUGGUAAGGUAAUUACUGAAGACAAGGCAAAGGUGUUAUGUUUCUAUGCGGUAUGCCUCAUGUCUAGACUUAGUAAUAGUCCUGAGCUAUUAUGUAUUAGAAAAGCCAGAGAGGUGAUCUUGGCAGUUAUCUUGAUUUUGGUCUUGGGUGGGUGGUUUAGUUUGUUUAGAAAUGCUAGCUAAUAACACUUUUUAAUAUAUUCUUAAUUAUUGAUUAAAUUUAUUGAAAACUACAAAAGUAUGAAAGAAAAAUAGUAAAUUAGGAAUGAAAAAGAGUGAAAUCUACAUAAUUUUAGUAAUUUUUAAUAAAUUUUAACUAAUAAAUAAGAGUGUGAUAGGGAAUGUGUUGCUAACAUUUCUCUUAGUUUGCUUAACAAGGAUCAAGCUGGAUUUUUAUUUAAUGCUGCUAUUCUUUCGCUCGAGGGUUGUAACUAAUAUUUUUAACUUGAAAAUUGAAAAAUAUUGCUCAUGUUGGUGGCGUUUCUGGUGACGGUUUUGGACAUGCCUUUACUUAUGGCUGAUUAAAGAAACAAAUGAUGAUCAAUUGGUAAAAACCAACCUUCACCAAUCACCAUGUAUAUCUGCACAGUUAGGUCAAGGUCAUGUCUUAUGAUAUAUAUGUUGCGAAGGAAUCAUAAGGUCUCUUUACAAGUUCUGCAUGUUAGGUGAAUGAGUUAUCUUAGAGGGCAAAUUGCUCAUUUGAACAAAUAAAAAAAAAAUGGUUACUUAUUAUUUUAUAACAAAAGAAAUGGCUUCAUAGGAGUACAGAAGUUACUGCUUGUAUGAUACUAUGAUUGGUACCGCUCCAAAUGUCUAUUGCUACACCUUUUUAAAUAAUUUUUAUAUAAAAUACUUUAUCUAUUGGUUAGUUAAAUUAAUAAUAAUAAUGUUUAAAUAAAAAAUAUCUAAAUGAGGUGUAGUAAUAGACAUUUUGGAGUGACAAUAAACAUUCUUCCCCUUUUCUCCUUAGAAAUAAACAGGAACAGAUUUUCAUCUUCUCAUAUUGUUGAGUAAUAUGAUAUAGUCAUGUUAAGGAAAGAAAGACAUUUUUAUUAAUUUCAAUUAGUAGGACUUACUACCAAACAAGGUAGAUUCUUGUUUGAUAAAAAAUGUGUCUUUUCCUUUCCAAUACAAUCAUAUCAUGUUACUUAUUAACAUGAAAGGAUCCAAAUUCAAAUCAAUUAGUCAAUUAACUAGGUCUUGGUUUCAUUUAAGUCCAUAAAUAGCUUACCAUAAUAUAUCUUGCUGCAGGUUAUAGUGGAUUAAUAGUAAUAAUAAGCGCUCAACUACUGAAUUAACAAUGGCUGAUAAGCAACAGUACCCAUCAAUUAUACCAAAGUUUUCUCACCAGUUUCACUUGGGAUCCAACCUUUCUCCACAUGUUGCAACUUAUUAUGGAGGUUUAAAAGGGCCUGCUCUGUUUCAGCAACAGUUUUCAUUCGAAAACUAUUCAAAUGCAGGGUUGCAACGUCCUGUCAUGCCUGCACUCAAAGCUCCGGAUUGUGUAGGCUCAGCAGUAUUUGUCCCAUCCCCAUCAGAGAAAAGCUUUGCAAGCUUUGCCACUGAUUUUCUCAUGGGUGGAGUUUCAGCAGCAGUGUCCAAGAGUGCAGCUGCUCCUAUCGAGCGUGUGAAGCUCCUAAUCCAAAAUCAAGAUGAGAUGAUUAAGGCUGGUCGUCUCUCCGAACCUUACAAGGGCAUUGGAGAUUGUUUUGGCAGGACAAUAAAAGACGAGGGAUUUGUUUCAUUAUGGAGAGGGAAUACUGCUAAUGUUAUUCGUUACUUUCCAACACAGGCAUUGAACUUUGCGUUUAAAGACUACUUCAAGAGUCUGUUUAACUUCAAGAAAGACAGAGAUGGAUACUGGAAAUGGCUUGGAGGUAACUUGGCAUCCGGUGCUGCAGCGGGAGCUUCAUCUUCGGUCUUUGUUUAUUCACUGGAUUAUGCCCGAACCCGCCUUGCCAGCGAUGCCAAGACUGGAAAGAAGGGUGGUGAGAGACAAUUCAAUGGUUUAGUGGACGUCUACAAGAAAACUUUUCAAUCUGAUGGUAUUGCUGGCCUUUAUCGUGGCUUUAACGUUUCUAUUGUUGGAAUCAUUGUCUACCGCGGUUUAUAUUUUGGAUUAUAUGAUUCUUUGAAACCAGUGGUCUUAUUGGGAACAUUGCAGGAUAGUUUCCUGGCUAGCUUUGCUUUGGGGUGGCUUGUUACAACUGGUUCUAGCGUUGCGUCCUAUCCCUUCGACACUGUUCGCAGAAGAAUGAUGAUGACAUCGGGUGAAGCAAUCAAAUACAAGAGCUCUUUUGAUGCAUUCUCGCAAAUUAUCAAGAAAGAGGGUACAAAAUCUCUUUUCAAGGGUGCUGGUGCAAACAUUCUUCGUGCAGUUGCCGGUGCCGGCGUGCUUGCGGGUUAUGACAAACUUCAGGUGCUUGUGCUGGGGAAAAAAUAUGGCUAAGGAAAUUAUUGACUUUCAACAUGAGUGGCAAAUAGCACGAGAUGACGAUGAAAAACGGCAAAAUAAAAGUCUUAAGACUAUGUUUGUUUAUAUUUAAAAAAAAAAAAAAUUCUCUUUUUAAAAAUUAAAAUUAUAUAUAUUUUUAAUUUUUAAAAAAAAUAUAAACAAACAUACUCAUAGAAAUCUAUCAUUUAUUUCUCAUAAUUGUUAUAUUCUUGCAGAUUUUCUUUUUAGCAAUUUAGCAAUGAUUCU